AUAGCGAGCAGUAAACGAAAAAAAGGGAAUAUAGAACCGCAUAUCCGGCGGUGCUUCGGGACGUAUUCACAUCUACACCCACACUCGUCGAGGGCAAAGUUGUUGGUCGAGGGGCGCAAACAAAUUUGCACAAAUCUGCAUGAAGGGUAGGUGGCCUCGCGGGAACGCGAGUGCACAGACGGGCAGCGGGGGUGAUUCUCAUUCAGGUGGCGGUCAAGCUGGUUCAGUACUCAGUACAGGCGGCACAGCCAGUCGGUUCGUUCGUUCGCGUUGGCGCAGAGGGUGGAAAAGUAAGACAGCACGAGAGCUCGAGCGAGUAAGAGAAUAAGCUUCUGCGAGAGCAGAGAGGGGAGCAAAGAGUCGAGGAGCAGAAGCAAAGGAGGCGACGGCGUUAGUCUCGCCCCGGGUAAAGUUACGGAUGCUGCGUCCAAUGUGCACAAGUCCUCAUAGUUCGCGAGUCUCCGAGAUGAUGUUGAUGACUAUGACGAUGUACUCAACGACGGCGCACAGUAAUAAAGACUUGGACUGGUGCUGUAGUGGAGACCUUUGCUCGGUAAAAUAUUACCGCUGCUGUCUGUGAUGGGAAGCACGCCCACAUUUAAUUAUGGUAUAAAUCAGUGCUAACAUAACAUUACACGCCAAGAAGGAGUGCACGAUGUCGAAUGAGUCGAGGAGUGAUGACAAGGGGCUUGGUCAAUACCCGAUAUUGUGUGCCUUGCUACUGUUGUUUUAACUUUUAUUAUUAUUGUUAUUAUCAUUUUAUCUGUGGUGUUCAGUUGCUGUUCAUCACAGUCUCUGUUUCAUUUAUUGUUUCAACAAGAGUUGUCGUUCUACUGCUCAUGCGUUUAUUUUUUAUUCAAAAACUUGACACAAUUGCGGUUUAGAUAUCCUAGCGAUCGCACGUGUCGUGUGUGUGUGGUGUUUUUUACACGUGUGCAUAUGUCGAUAAAUUAAAUCUUUAAAUUAUUGCCGCUUAAUUUAUUAUUUUUAAUCCCUUUUAUUUUUGUAUAGAGAUUAUAUAAAUAAUAUGUAUAUGUAGAUGUAAUUAACGUACAUUAAAAUAAUAAUUAUUCGGAAGUAGAUGACUACGGGAAGCAAAGUAAACUCAGGUAAUAUUAAACGUUACAUAAAUAAGCACAUGAAGCGUGAUAAUGUGACAAGAUUAGCCGGUAGAUUCUUACAACCUUGGAUUUUAAACGUCAUCCGAUACUACCAAGGUUUUAUUACCCUGUUGUUGACGGCGCUCGGUAUUUUAUGCCUCACGGGAAAUGACGGGGAACGAUGAAAAAACGUUGUUAUUUAAAUCGACGUGGAGAAGAAAAUACGGCAGAAUACCAGAGGACAACUACAGGCUGUCAGUAAGAUGGAGUUGCGCAAUACUCUUUCUGGGAUUGACAGCAUCGAGGAUAUCAGUAGCAAUGGGACAUUGUGAUUUAGCGGAAUUAACCUGCCGCGACGGUAGGUGUGUGCCACUGGACGCCUACUGCAAUGGGCGCGAUGACUGUGGAGAUGGCAGUGACGAACCAGCACUUUGCACGCCCUGUAAUCGAACUUAUAAUGGGCGAGAAGGCCGCACUUACGAGCUGGAUCUUCCACGACCGACAGAAGCACGGCUGCCGUUUCUUUGCCACUUGACCUUCACAGCCAGUGGACCAGGUCACGGAGAACUGGUGCAAUUGCUCUGGGACGCUUUUAGCAUCGGUCGUCUAGAAACAGUUAACGGAGAUUCUAACGAACCAUUCUAUUCAAGUUGCCCGGAGGGCUCUCUUCAGUUGGCUGAACUCGGGAAACCUUUCACCGGCGGAUCGUGGUGUGGUCCCGGUGAAGGAAGGGCUUCCUAUUACAGCGAGACUAGUACGGUCACUGCAUCUAUCAGACUGUUUCAUGCACCCUCAGCAGUACCAUUCGAAUUCCGGCUGCGUUAUCGGUUCAUUUCACGUAACGAAGCAGUCGCACGUCUCGGCGAACCGGGACUGACCAUCGAACGCGGAUCCCCCGUACCAGGUACUUACUGCUCACGCAACUUUUACGAGUGCCAUAAAAAGCAAUGCCGCGUACAGAGUCCAAACUACCCUGGAGAGUAUCCGAGAAACGCCAGUUGUCUUAUUACACUGAGGCAGAAAUUCGUGCCAACAUGUAAGCACGCAAUGAUUUCUAUAAAAGCAGCCAGCGGAGCAAACACUAUCAAUAACGGAGCAUCUAUUCUUCAUCAGGGUUUAGCAAGCUCAUCCUUAUCCUCUUUUAAUAAUACCAACCAUAAUAAUAACAGCAAUAAUAAAUCUUCCUCGUCGUAUAUCGAUUUUCACCACAAUAACAAUCAUUCAUUAGCUCACAAUAACACAAGUAAGCUCAGCGUCUGGCAAGACUGUCCACCGGAAAAGGAUCGUUUGGUCUUUCGUGAUGGAUCACGUCUCGAGGACGCAAUACUUCUUGUUUACUGCGGCGGACCCUUACCUAGAAUAACAGCCCGUGGUCCGGCAAUGCUCAUAGAAUUCCGCAGCUCACCUCUGGCAAUUCCAUUGGGAUCCUCUCCUCUACGUGUUGAGCUCCAAGUCCCCGUUGUUUACGUUGACUCAGACGGACUUGAUUACGCCCGAGGCGAACAGGGCUGUCAUUUUUUCAUCAACGACACGACUAAACGUAGUGGCAUACUUCGUGCACCUCAGCACACACUUCCACCUGGUUCCGUAUGCACCUGGAACAUAAAAGGAUCAGUGGGCGAUAGAAUUUGGUUUUACUUCUCUUCAUUUACCCAGAGAGAUCUAACUGGUGGUUCUGAUAAUAAUGCAAGUACUUUCAGACAAAGUGAAAAUAAUGUUCAUAAUAAGAAUAAUAAACCCCAGUGUGCCAUUAAAAUGACCCUCUGGGACGGUCCACCCACUACAGGUGUAUCUAUCGUUUCUCUUUGUGACGACACACCGCGAUUAUGCGCCCAUGCCGCUUUGAGAAACUCCACUAGAAGUACCCGACCCUGCACAAAACAAGAAAGCUAUAUUACCAUUACACCAACACUUACUUUACGCAUGGAAGCUCUUUAUGGAACAGCUCUUCGUACCGUUAAUUUCCAAGCUCGUUACGAAUUCAUUUCGACUCUCCAAGGCGGUGAGGUCUGGGGUGAAGGACCUUGUAGCCGCGUCUGGCGCAAAGUCAAAAGCGGGGAAGUAACAUCACCUAAGGACGUACGUUUGUAUGGUCGAGGAGGGCAAUCGAAAUUGGAAUGCUUUUAUCGGAUAGAGGCUGGCGUAGGUGAACGUAUAAGACUUACUAUUCACAAUGUAAGUCUAGGUGACGCGACAAAUUGUCUCAGUGAAUUGGAUAUUCACUCAAGUCGACCGAAAUGCCUUCCUGACAUCGAUACCCGUGACGCUAAACUGACGUUAUAUGAAGCGCCAUGGCGCGAUGUUAAGUUACCUCGGGCAUGUCUGUGUGACAACACUUCUCACUUACCUCUCACUUACAUAUCGGUUGGAAAAGCGCUGGAGUUGACGUUUUUGGUGGAUGAACAAGCGCCUUACGAAGACUUUGAAACUCUUUUCUUCUACGCGAGUUUUGAGCUGAUUCGCGUGCCUGAAUGCCCCAGAAAACACCGGCUCCGUGGAGAAGGUGGAGAGCUGAGAUUUGUAUCCCCACCACUUUCCCGACCGGAUAUUUACUGCGAGGGGAUGCCGUGGCUCGUCGAGGCGAGAGAAACCCGAUCAUUAUUUGUACUGACGUGGGGUUGGUUUUUACCCCUGGAACCAUCGACGAUAUCCUCCUCGGUAUCGGCUGCGUCAUCUGGAGCUGCCGGAUCUUCGCAUCACCAACAAUCUCCUCAAGAAUCUCCAGAACCAUUUGUAAAAUGCCCCACAUCCAACCGACUUCUCCUUUACUCCGGGUGGCCGAUGAAACUCCUGAAAGUUGUGUGUCCAGUGGAGCCUGGAGCUCGAGACCGGACUGUUCACAUAUUUUCCGAGGAGUGGCUGCUGGCUGCUGGUAACUCUGACGAACACUGGUUGUCGCCAGCACGUCCAGCGUCUCUUCUCGUUGAGUUCGUGGCACGAGAGCCCGGUCAAGCCGCGGCUUCGUGGCUAGAAAUAUCUAAAAGUCGAUCGGCAUUGCACAGACAACUGCGUCUUCCAGGACGGACAACUGAUAACGAUACAAGUACUGCUGAUUGUCUUCACACUUGUCCAGAACUAGGUGCAUGUAUUGCUUCUAGUUUAUGGUGUGACGGACAUAUUCACUGCCCUUCAGGACACGACGAGGCUAAUUGUGGAAGUGGCGCACGACUAUUAGGUCUACUUCCGCCUGGCAUGUGGCUAGUUGUUGCUGUUAUUUCCGGAAUAGUUACUGCCUUUGCGUGUCUUCUUACAAUACUCGUGUGCAAAUCAAAAUCUCGUGCUAAGAAGCUAUGUUACGAUGACGAAGUAAAAAGAUCUGGGAGUGUCCCACGGAGAGCGCCUACUGAAGAGUCUCUACUGGGUUCUUGACAGCAGUCUCCCGGUUUCGUGGAAUACAUUCACGUUGACCGGGAGACAACGGUUUAGUAUAGCUUUGGAUUUACUGUUUCGUGCAGCUUUGCCGUCCACUAAUUUAACUCGCCGAAUUCUUACUUGCAAUUAUUUAUUCAAUCGAUGACAGUUUGAAAAAAAAAAAUAAAAAUAAACGACGAGGAUCAUAAUUAGGGAUUUGCACGAAACUUUAAACUCGCGACACAAUACAUAAAUAUAUAUAUAUAAAUAAUGCAAUAUAUGAUGUUGUGAUCACAAUCUUUUUCGCCUUAAAAAAUCAUCCAUCCUCGGACAUUUUUUUAAGUUCAUUACUACUGUCAUUGUCAUAUAUAUUAUAUAUACAUUUAAAAUCAUAAAACAAGUAAUAAAUUGCGGACGAUAAAUUAUUUUAACGUUUUCACUGUCAGUAACCAAAGAAAAGCUUUAAAGACUAACUGUCGUGGUACAAAAAAAAAGUUAACUAAACAAAAAAAAAAAAAAUGAUAAAAAUCUCAGCGUAAUACUGCAAUUGAAAUAUAAAAAGUAAUCCCGCAGUUUAAUACGCUGUUUAUACACGUGCCCUCACAUCUUUUCAGUAUAACAAAUUACAUUGAAACAUAAAAACCAUCGAGGUGGUAUAUAUAUAAAGAUUGACAUAUGCUAGGGGUAUAUAAAAAUCAAGUUAAGUAAACCCAUCAUAUUUAAUACCCGUUAUUAAUUCCAAAACGUUGGAAAGUAUCGUAGAGAUAUAUAAUGAUAUAUAUAACAGGAACUAAAAACUCACACAAAUUACUUACCUGCACAGUUUUGUUACUUUUUAAACUGUAGCGCUGGUCUUUAAAACGCGUGUCUUAUAAUAAAAAAACAAGUAGAAGGACAUGAAAUAUAUAUACAGAGUUUUAAAAGUUUCAGCUAAAGGAUUACAAAGAUUAAGUAGUAUUGUAAUUAAUUAAGAGUACUUGAGAAAAGAGAGUAAGGUAAUAAAUAAUUGAGUGGCAAGUGCGAAAGUGAUAAAUUUAUAGACAUAGAGAAUUACUAUUUCUUGAUAACAACAAAAGGAUUUGAUAAGUCGACCAUUGAAUACAGAUUUAUUAUUAUUGAUCAAAUGAUACGUGAACACGUAAUAUAUUUAUACAAUCAAAUACACACUGGUAAUUAUGAUGGAAUUUCGGAGAAGAGUAACGUUUUUUUUUUUUUUUAAGCUCUAGCUCGCACAUGUACCACAUAUUUUAAUUAAUGACAGUGUGAUCUGGGUAUUACUCUACUUAUCUUAAAAUAUAUUAAUUAAUACAGGAUGUGAAUUAAUGUAAUGGGUACGAUAUAUAUAUUACAUAUAGAUGAGCACAGUAUUCAUUAACGCGAGUAACGAUUACACCGGCACACAAAAAAAAAUAAGUUCUCUGUACUUUUGACGGGACCGAUUUAUUCCCAUGUAUUUUGACCCGCUGAAUCCGAAUCCGAGGUCCGUUUAACCCGUACACCCUCAGAUUUUUAGAAAACUUUAAAAAACCUCAAAAAUACACAAAAAUCGACCGUUUUUUAUAUUUAUAAAUUUUUUUAACCCUAACUAAGCAUGAUUUUUAUGUAUUUCGGUCCUCCACAUACUAACCUGAAGUUUAUUUAAAACAUUAGCCAUUUAAAGUCUGAGUAAAAUCCAAAAAACCCCAAAAAAUUGCAAAAAAGCAAAAAAAUUCUUAGUGUUGUGAUGAAAAAAAUUUUUUGAAGCAUAUUAAAAUUUUUUUAUGUUUUAGGCCAAAAUAUUUUUUAUAUAUAUAUCACAAAUCGAACAAUAUGAUUUCUUUUAUUUAUUUCGAUUUAAAAAUUGAUUUUUGUUAUACCAAAUUUUAUUUUUUUCGAUUUUUUGGGAAUUUUUGCCAUUUAUUUAAAAUUUUAGAGAUGUCUGAGCCAUGGAUGUUCGAGAAUUAUAUGUGACAGAUAAACAUACAUGAAAAUAAUUAUUUAUUUAGCCCUAUAAAAUUUUUUUCAUCACAAUACUAAGAAUUUUUUUGCUUUUUGCAAUUUUUUGGGGUUUUUUGGAAUUUACUCAGACUUUAAAUGGCUAAUGUUUUAAAUAAACUUCAGGUUAGUAUGUGGAGGACCGAAAUACAUAAAAAUCAUGCUUAGUUAGGGUUAAAAAAAUUUAUAAAUUUAAAAAACGGUCGAUUUUUGUGUAUUUUUGAGGUUUUUUAAAGUUUUCUAAAAAUCUGAGGGUGUACGGGUUAAACGGACCUCGGAUUCGGAUUCAGCGGGUCAAAAUACAUGGGAAUAAAUCGGUCCCGUCAAAAGUACAGAGAACUUAUUUUUUUUUGUGUGCCGGUGUUAUGAUUAAUUAAAAAAAUUGACGGCCUUAUCGCCGUUUUAAAAAAAUUUCAUUCAUCUAUAAAUACAUGCGUACAUACACAUUACAGUUAAAAAGUAAAUUAAUUUAAUUAAAAAAGAGUAAAAAAAAAAAAAAUAAAGUGUAAUAUUGAUGCAUAUUGUACGUGUGUGCCUACGCGUAAUUGUAUGUGACUAGAUUUUGGCUGUGAUAAAACGUGUGUUGUUAUUUAUUUUUAAUUGUGCGUGUGCUAGAGUUUUAAUUAUCGGUGACUCUUCUCCCUCUACUUUGCGCCUCAAUCGACUAAUAUAAAAAACUUUAAUUAGUUUUAAAUAAUAAAUUAUUUAUAUUAUAGAGUUACUUAUAUUGCACCAUUUAUAUUUAGAAAAAAAAUUAAAAGAUUAUUAUUAUUAAUGUAAUGUUAUUAUAAUGCAAUAGAAUUUCACAUUCGCGUCGUAAUUUAAAUAUUAAUAUAUAUUAUGAAUAAAAUAUAAUUAUAAAAAAAAAAAAAAAAUGUAAGCUCAAGUUAACGAUUGAAUGGAAAUUUUAUUAAAAAAAAAAGUCAUAUUACAAAUCGUUGGAUCAAAAUACUAUAAAAUAAACUCAUAAAUCGUUAAAUUUUUUCGAAAUUUAUCUAAAUAAAAAUACAGAGCGACUAUUAAAGUUAUUCACUCAUAUACUAUUACAUCGAGCUCAUCUUUUUUCCAUUAUUAUAAUGAGAUUAUUGUCAGAGAUUAUAAUAUUAAUUAUUAAUGAUAAAUAUAUAUAAGAUAUUAUAAAAAUAUUUCAUUAAAACGAUGUGUAGAUAACACUUUAAUGAUAAAAAAAAAAAAAUAAGAUUAGAGUAGCGUAAGGAAAAUAAACAAAAGCAAAAACAAGCCAAAGAAAGAAAAGUAACGAGAUCAAAUAACAAUGAAAAGUAUUAAAUGUUCAGGAAUAAAAAAUAA